CCUUAUAACAGGAUAUCUCACUGGCGCGAAAAACGCACUGUGUGGCUCUCUGUAACACAUUGUGGGGCGGACCUUGUGCUUGAUCGUUUUGAGACCUGGCUUUUUUUUUUCUUACUUAAACUAAAACAAAGUUUUGACUGUAUCGAAACAGCGCGUGUUUGUAUCCAGCGACAACUCGAUCAGCUUUUGUCCGUCUGAUCUCCGUGAACCGCGGACUCUCUGCGCUUUGGCUGCCGGGGGAUUUCCGAUGCCCUGAAUUUCGCUGUGGGAUUUCUGCGGAGAGCCGGUUGAACAGGACGUUCUCCAGAGUGUCAUUUGAUCAUUUCUGGGAAUAAACUCUCAAGGAUUAUAUUCACUGGGAACAUGGAGUUCGACUGUUACCAGCACUAUUUUUUCGAUGAUUUCGACCGUGGGGAGGAUUUUUACAAGUCGACCGCACCGAGUGAGGACAUAUGGAAAAAGUUCGAGUUGCUGCCCACCCCUCCCAUGUCUCCCACCCGGACUCUGAGCGGCGGUGCUCUGCACCUCUCGCCGGGAGACAAACUCAGCUGGCUGUCCAAAGUCCUGGGUCAGGACGAGGAGUGCGAGGGUCAGUUCAUCCCAGAUACGGAGGAGCUGUUCGGCAACCUCAGCUCCAUCAUCAUCCAGGACUGCAUGUGGAGUAGUUUCUCUGCCAGCAAGCAGCUGGAGAAGGUCAACGCGAGAGUAUCAGCUGCUGCGCAGACCGGUGUCUCCCCGGUGGCUCAGAUCUCCGUUAGACCGAGCAAAGCGCAGUGCGUCUCCCCCGGUGGCCCACUCCCCGUCUCGGCGACAGACUGCGUCGACCCCGCGGCUGUUCUCACCUUCCCGGCAAGCAGCUGCAGGAAGCCGGCGUCGUCUGGCUCAGAGUCUCGCUCUGAUUCCUCUGAUGAUGACGAGGAAAUCGAUGUGGUCACUGUGGAGAGCAAGCAGAACCGGGUGCAUCUGGUGAAUGUCAGAAAACCAGUGACCAUCACGGUCCGGGCCGACCCCUGCCCCAAACGCUUCCACAUGUCCGUCCACCGGCAGCAGCACAACUAUGCCGCCCGCUCUCCAGACAGCGAACCUGAGGAUGAGGAGGACGAAGACGAUGAGGAGUAUGAGGAAGAACCCCAAAGCAAACGCACCUGCACGACAUCCAGUCAGCAGGCGGGCUCUUCUUCGGGUACCUCCGAGCCCGGCUCCUCCUCGGACAGUCCCCAAAACUCGGACACAGAGGACACUGAUCGCAGACGGAACCACAAUUUCCUUGAGAGGAAGAGGAGGAACGACCUCCGGUCCCGUUUCCUUGCCCUGCGGGAUCAGAUCCCAGGUCUGGAGUCUGCAAAGACUCCAAAGGUGGCCAUCCUGACCCAGGCGACAGAGUACCUGGCAGACCUUCACACCAGGGAGAAACGGCAGCUCCAGGAGAAGAAACGCCUCAAAAGCAGACAGCAGCAGCUUCUCCGCAGACUAACUGAACUGAAGCGCUCUUGAGACAAAGUGCGCUUUUGAAACAAACUGCCUCAUUUUUUCCCAGUCAGGGACUUUACUCUCAAGUAAUAUGUCACUUUUGGAACACUCCAGUUUUUAUAUAACAAUAUGCCUCGUGUAAAUAGCUGUGAAUUUUGUGAAUUUUUUUUCAUAAUGCUUCCUAUGAAUUGACUGCUGGCCAAUGAUCCUGAUAUGAGAAGGAGGUGCAGUUAGUGCUCUGUGUUUUCUUUUUUUUCCGGACAGUGUUUUAGUUCAGAGCAGGGGUAAUGUAAUGGAUUUUAUAGCUAUGACAUUUCCUGGUAUGCCAUGAUGGGAAAUAAGAACUUUGUUAAUAGCUUAUCAGCGUGAUAGUGAGUAUGUGCAGCUUUCAAGAUGUGUGUUUGAGAUGUCUUCAGUUCACCACUGCACACUUAUAAUGGAGUGAAGCGUGAAUGCCUCUUUGUGUAUAAACGAGCGAAUGAGUCAGUUCCUGGUUUGUUUGGUUUAGAUGACUGAGUGUUUGAUGUACAAAUUGUUCUGUAAAUAAUAGCUUAUCACUCCUGGAAAAGGAGACAAAAAUCAAGAGUUGGCAACAAGCUUUGCUCCUCUUUAUGAAGUGCCACCAGGCAUCGAGGAACCUCUAUUUUGUUAAGAAAACAGGAAAAAUAGGCAAAAAAAUUGAGUAUGUAGCACUGCUGUACUUUAUAUUCACACGUCACUUUGUGAUUUCAAUGCUUCUCCUGAUCUGAGUUGAUUUUUAAAGCAUGCUAACAUCAACAGCAACAUUAAAUUUUUAUACAAUA